AUGUCUCGCAGCGGCGGCACCACACUAUAUGUGACGGGCUUCUCGUCUGGCACCCGUGCUCGUGAUCUUGCCUACGAAUUCGAGAGGUAUGGUCGACUUGUUCGCUGUGACAUUCCGGCUCCGAGGACUGCUUCUUCUCGCUUGUUUGCUUUUGUUGAAUAUGAGAGCCGACGUGAUGCGGACGAUGCCUACAUCGAAAUGCAUGGGCGUCGCAUCGGUCGCGACGAUCUGUUGAAGAUUGAAUGGGCCCGCACCCCUCCAUCCGCUAGCUGGCGCUUCGAUGGUGGUCGUGAUGCUCCUCGUAGUGGUGGUCGCCGUGGUGGUUCCCCACGUCGUCGCUCAGUAUCCCGUGGCCGCGAUUCUUCCCCACGCCGUGACAGACGUGGCGGCGACCGUGACCGUUCCAGAAGUCCAAUGGUCAGAAAGGAUGAUGAACCACGCAGGAACGAAGACGAGCGAGAUAGGAGUCCUGCCCCUGCAAAUGGAGAGGAGCGUGACCAUCGCAAGGACUCUCCCCUUCACAAUACUCUCCAUGAUGACUUAGACACUGCGGAUGCGGAUAUCGCGGAUUAG